AUGUCGGUGUCUGCGAUUGCGGUAAAGCGACUGCGACGGCAGUGGGAGCCGGAGGAGAAGGCGUGGAAUGAUGAGGCCCUCGAACUCCCGUGGGAGGAGUUGUCUCCCCCGCUGCACAAGGCCACCAUCUUUGCACUGAAGAAUGUAUUCUUCUUUUCACACGCAACAUCUGUGCAGUCCCGCACCAUAAGCGUCUUUAGGGAUUCCGGCAACAGCGCCGUUGUGGAGGCCCCAACCGGCAGUGGCAAGACACUCGCUGUUUUGAUUCCACUGAUGGAGCGCACCGUGCGGGCGUGCGAAGCUUACGUGGCCACACACAAUCGCCCCUUACUGCGACGUGAUCUCAUUGGUGUUAUUCUCUCACCCUCACGUGUACUGGCAGAACAGACAUUUGUGGUUGGACGAAAUCUUUCUUCUCGAUACCCACACGCCAUACGCUUUGCACUCUGUGAUGGCGCCAUGCAAUCGGCUGCUGCUGCACUCGAGGGGAUAAAAACUGCAGCGCGUGGGGCCGGAACGUUUCUCGUGACUACACCGCAUGAUUUGGUCGAUUUUAUAACCGCUUGGGAAGCUGAUCGUUCAGCAAAUGAAACAUGUGAUGAUAUGGAAGAAUUACUUGCAGAACAAGAUGAGGAAACAAGGCGACGUUACUAUGAAAAACAUAAGAAAAAUAAAAUAAAUAAAGUGGACUCUGGGUUUAAAGUACAAUUACGUGGAUGUCAUGAAGAACGGUUCGUGCUUAUUGUUGACGAAGCAGAUCUUAUCUUUCAUUCUGAAGAGAUGCGUAGUAUUGUGACGGAGUUUAUUGCAACCUAUGGACGUACGGAAGAACCACAACAGAAGCGACGUAAAGUAACUUCUACAACACCUUCUUCUUCAUCAUCAUCUUCCUCAUUAUGUGUUCAAAUGGAUGUGGCUUUUGUUGGUGCAACAGUAUCUACCUCAAGUGAGUUACAAGAGUACGCAUCACAUAUUGGUUCUAAACUGGGAUCUAUAAUGCACACUGUUGUACUUAAUAAUGCAGAAGAUUUUGUUACACAGUUACAGAAUCGAUAUGUUGUGUGUGACGCAUACGAAUUUCUACCACUUUUAAUUCAAUUGAUGAAUAUUCAUGCUUCAAAGAAACACUUUAUCUUUUUUAACAGUGCUAAAACACUUAAAUUUGUGCAAAAACUUUUUUCUGUUCUUACAGAAAAUGAACGUCCACUACUGUACAUCAAACAUAUCUACGUUAUGUAUGAGGGGAUGAGUGAGCGAUCUCGGCUUGAACAGUACAAUGCAUUUCUUAAUCAUCAGAGAGAUUCGAAACAACAAGAACUUGGAGAUAAAAAGACAAAACCAACCACUCCCCUUUCUGCUGCUGAAAAGAAGAAUCAAGUUUACAUCAGUGGGUGGAAACGUGAUGGACGUCAACCACAUGGAAAAGGAGCUCUUCUUCUUUGCACAGACAUGGCCGCAUUUGGACUGGAUGUUCGUGAUGUGGACUACGUCUAUCACUUUGAACCCCCAACUACUGUGCAAUCGUACGUACACCGUAUAGGUCGUGUUGGGAGAAUGGGAAUGCGUGGAAGCAGUAUUCUUAUUUUACCAUGCUUUAAUGAAGGUAACUCACUUUCAUCAGCGCGGGAGCGAAAAACUAAUAGCGCACGUUUUGACACACUCACCAAUACAAAACGUUCCACAGCUGAAAUUCAAAUGACACAUAUGGAUGAAAAAGAUUUGUCUAAGGAAAAACAAGAAUACCUCAAGGAAUUAGGAUGUCGAAGCGAACUUCAGCCGUAUACAGUGCCACCUUUCGCUCCAAUUACGUCAACUAUUCGAAACGUUAUUUCACACAAUACAAAACUAAAAACGUUGGCACAAACGGCUGCCAUGUCAAUGUGCACGGUUGCGCACAAUGAUGAAAAGGCCAAAGCAUGGUUUGAUCCCAAAUUGGCUCUCCACACCAUUCUUCUCGAUUAA